AUGUCCUCUCAGGCCCCAGAUGUUUCCCCUUCUUCUUAUGGUAAUAACGAUGAUAUCCAUGACCUCGCUUUUGCCAAAAGAGGGUGCUGUUGGAUACCAUUCUUAACCACAGAUCGACCGUCAUAUUCCAGUUGCAUCAUUGGAUCAGAAUUUUGGCAAAGAAUCAAGCCUACAGACUGCACAGCGAACCGAGAAUCAUGGUGGUUUCAGGGAUGGAUGAAAAUCCGGGAUUGGUCAGAACUAGUUGCAGGCCCUAAAUGGAAAACAUUCCUGCGGAGGUUCAAUAAGAAGCCAGGGGGUGGCAAUCCUCAACAUGGAAAUUUCCAAUAUGAUCCUUCGAGUUAUGCCCUUAACUUCGACGAGGGUGCAAAACUUUAUGAAGAUGAUGAUCUUUUGGGAAGGGGAUUCUCAUCCAG